UAAAUUUAUUUUGAACUUUGAUACUUUGUGGAAGGGGAAAUAAAGUAAUGAUGCCAGAUCUUCUUCUUGAAAGGAAAUUAGGGAUAAAUACAGACUACCAGCUAUGUCCACAACACAUGACAAGAGUGAGAAAUUUAGAAUCAGCAGGUUUUCAGCGACAGUCAGCAUAAAAGGAGGGAAUUCUGAUAUUCCCAUGUUGAUUCCGAGGAGGAGAGAAGCAGCGUAAUGGAAUUGCCUUUUGGCACUGGAGGGAGAGGUCUGUCACAAGAGUUGUGAUUCUUUGGGAUGGUCUAUCUCGGAAUACUGUGGGCUCCCAGUCAGGUGUUUUAGUAAAUCAUACACACGAGAAGUUCUACAGAUGCUGUAAAUCCAUAACGACACACACAAGAUGCUGGAAGAACUCAGCAGGUCAGGCAGCAUCUAUGGAAAUGAUAAACAGUCGACGCACAUGCCGGUAAAAGACAUGCCCUCUAGAUACUGCCGAUUGUGGAGCGAAUACGCAUGCACUGCCGAUCGUCGGCAACCGACAUGCGUCCUUGGGAGCUGACAGAACGCAUGCGCCAUCAGUCGCUGCGUCUGGCGUUUUUUUUGCCGCAGAAGCAGCGCGAGCCGAAGGAGCGAACGAAUCCAUGACCUUACCCACAGUUUAACUAUGCAGUCCUGUCAGCUCCACAGAAAAAAACUCCGCUUGACAGCGAUAUGAUGUUGGAAAUGGAAACAAGGUUUUCAGUGCUUUCGUGGCUAUCUCAGGAUAUUUAUCUUUGACUUUGAUCCAGAAUGCCAGCAGAGAUGUUAUGUCAAACAUACUAUUCAGCCCGCCGUCAUUUGCAAGCUCGAGGAGUUGAUCUCCUUCCCGCGCUGACAUGGAUGACGUGCAGGUGUUCCAGGAUUGAGUGAAGAGCCAAUGAGAUGGCAUCUGCCGUGAACCUGUUGUGCCGGGGAAAAGACACAAAAGAUGAGAUCAGCACAGUACCCAACCCCAGCAGAAUUGGACGCGUAUGCUAAGAAAGUUGCCAACAACCCACUGACUAUAAAAAUCUUCCCAAACAGCGUCAAAGUACCGCAGAGGAAACACCUCCGCCGUACGGUAAAUGGUCUAGACACUUCGGGCCAGCGGUUCAGCCCUUAUCCCCCUCAAGCUGGUUCUAACCGUGGUCUGCUCGCAAUAGUCAAGCUACCAGCAAAAAGGAUCGUGAAGGACUUUGACGGAACCCGUGCGAGGCUGCUGCCGGACAUCGCCAUGAAUCCUCCGUCGGCACCCUACGCUGCACCUAGCACUUUAACCCACCCGCAGAAUGCGCUGCUGCAGCCUGGUUUACACGGAUACCGGAAGGUGCGUCAGGACGGGGACGCUCCCCCCAAUGUCACGGUGUCUACCUCAACCAUUCCGCUCUCCAUGGCCGCGAGCCUGCAGCAGAACAGGCCCUCUGACCUGAACAGUGUCGUACACCAGAUAUACCAGAUGUGCCAGGCCAGCGCAGGCCUCACCACUACCUCGGUCUGUGAGGGCCAGAUCGCCAACCCCAGCCCCAUCAGCCGAAACGUCCUGAUCCAUGCCAGCACCCGGGUGUCCGGCCAUGCCCUGUCGGCCCACCUGCCCCCCUGCAUCGUAAAUCCAGGUGACCCCGCCGUUGCCAUGACAUCUGUCGCCCCCAGUGGCAUCGCAGUGGGCAGUGUGGGUCGGAUGCAAGCCGCCUACCAGAGUGACAUAGAUUCUGCCACUUGGCACCAGCACCAGCUGGCACAGUUACAGCACGCGGGCAGGGACGCUGCAGGGGUAGGGCACCCCGCUAAGCUCCAGAGGGACGUUGCCGGACCUGGCUUCACCACCAAGACACUCGGCUACCCUGUGGAGCUGUGCCCGGGCCAGCCUUACAAUCUGAAGGUUUCCGGGGAUAAGCUGUCUCCAUCACCUCCGGUCAACGGGGCGCCGGGGUCUCUGCCCUUCCCCAACGGGCAGUACUUUCAGCCGAUGUGGAACAACAUCCUUCCGACGCCCAACAGUGACAGCUCAGGGUCCCAGGACCUCGGGAUGGCAUUUCACGGAGGAGCCUCGGGGCCGGCGGACUGCCUGGCAGCGACUCACUUCCGGGCCGGAGCUGGUUCCUCCGGCCAGACGAAUGUCCUGCAGACUGCGGAGUACCUGGGAGCAGAAUACCAGAACUCCUGCUUCAGAGACCAGACUAUGGGGAUGCUGGGCAAGAUGCACAGGCUACCCAUCAGUCGAGGCCCAGAACCAAACGUUAACCAGAGUAGUCAUAUUCACCAUCCCGUGUACAGAUGAGAUGGUGCCCUCUGAAUCUGGCGCUCGAGUAGUCUUAACAUCAGUUUUGGAUAAUAUUCUUUUGCGUUGUUGCUGUUUGAUUGCCAAACUUGUCAGUGAUUUCCAUUUUUGUUUUUAGGGACAAAUUAUUGCAAACAUCUUAUUUUCGUGGGAAGGUAUUUAUCAAAAUUGAAGUCUGCAGAUCUCACCACCACCUUGAUGCACAGAUUAGAAACCAGUUUCAGUGACAGAUUUUGAGGGGGAGGGGACCAAAAUGCAAAACAGAUGCACUCUUGCAAUGAUGUCUUUAUGCCAGCACCUUGAUUUGAAAAGCUGAUUUGGAAUUACCUGGUACGUGUGCACCGAUCCCUUAGUGGAGUUAUGGGCUUCAGUUCCUGCGUAUAAGCACAAGCGAUUCUGCAGAUGCUGGAAAUCCAGAGCUACACACACACAAAAUGCUGCAGGAACUCACUCAUCAGGUCAGGCAGCAUCUAUGGAAAUGAAUAAACAAUUGACGUUUCAGGCUGAGACCUUUCAUUAGGACUGGAAAGGAAGGGUGAAGAUUUUUGAAGGUAUAAGGGUGUCCCCGUGAACAGUUCCCACUGGCCUGCUUGUCAUCAUGCAGUGAUCCAGCGGAUAUGCGUGCGUGCUGUGGGUGUGUGGCUGGCAGGCUCUGGACAAUCUGUGUUCUUCAGGAUUGCACCCCCCCCCCCACCGACCUCUUGUGCCUCGUGCACCGCAGGUUUGCUGCAGCCAUUAUAAUCUGAACUGCAGAGCUCUGUUUAACUCUGAUGAAUGAUCCAAUUGCAAAGCUCUCACCAUGAGGGAAAAUUUUCACUGUGAAAUUUAUGGGCCAAGAAGUGACAGAUUGCAAACUCACUUAAAUCUGCAGCGCUGCAUUUAUUUUCUCUCCGCAGAUCAAAAUAACGCUAUAUUUGUAAAACAGGAGGGGCACUCCCUGCAGGUAAUAGUACAGUCUGACUAUUAUGAUAAUUUAUUUAAAGCCCUUUUGCUUUUUUUUUUGCUCCUCUGGGUCUCUGCAUUUCGAUUGCUUUAGUGGAGAGAGCCAGAAGACAGAUAAAAGAGAUUAGGCAAGAGAGGUUGUGUGAGCUCCCAGUGAGAGGCCGUUAUGUGGAGUCAGAAGUUUCACAGCACAGGAGGGGACGUACUGCACAUCUUGUCCUCACCCGCCUCUUGUGGUACCAUUCUGCCUAUUUUAUUUCAAUAAUUCCACCCCCCCCCCCACUUCCCAUUCCACAUUCCGGCUCCCCUCUCUUCUUCUCAUCUCUCUCUGAUGUCCCUUCUCCUUCCCUUUCUCCCAUGGUCCACUGUCCUCUCCUAUCAGAUUCCUAUCCUGAGGAAGGGUCUUGGCCCGAAAUUUCGACGGCUUAUUCCCCUCCAUAGAUGCAGCCUGACCUGCUGAGUUGCUCCAGCAUUUUGUAUGUGUUGCUCUGGAAAUUGGGCAAAAUCUCAGAAAUGUUACAAAAAGGUCAUCAAUGUGAAGUGUAAAGCAUGACGCUGCAGAUGGUGGCUGAUGGUUUUACUUUACAUGUUCUGUAUCUGCACAAUAUUUUAGUGAUGGAUCAGACCUAAUCUUGGUUGUACUGUUAAAACACCCCAGUUACACUGUCUUGCACUAUUAGAAUUCCAGCUCUGGUUGCUCCAUAGUGACACCUGCUGGUGAGAACCUCAAAGUACAUUUAUUAGCAUAUACUACUUUGAGAUUCAUUUUCUUGCAGGUAUUUACAGGAAAAGGAGAAAAAGAAAGAAAUAUAAUAGAAGAACCUGGCCUUUGACUGUUUUAGACUUAACUGCAAAGCCCAAAAUGCAGUUGUCAAAUGCUACUUGCUGUCUGGUUCAAGUGCAGGAGAAAGACCACAGGUUACCACUGCCUUCAAACAUCCAACACAAACUUAUUUCAGCAAAAGGAGGGAAAAAUUUGAGGAAAGAAUUUUUAAAUUUUCCAACUACAAGGUAUGGUGUCAACUGCAGAAACAACAUACUAUUUUUUUUCCAUCAUUUUCUAUCCCUUCCUAAAACUUAAUGGGUCAGUAGAUUAUAUAUUAUGGUGUUGUUAAACACCUGUGCACAGGGUGGUUCUCUUAAAUCUCAUGCCCUCAUAAUCCUUCCCAUCACUUGCUGUUCAUUAAUGUAAAGAGGAAAAAUUUCGACAACAAGUGGAUUUAAUCACAGUCAUGUUUGGCAGCAAGAGCAGUAAAUGUGUUUUAUUUUACUUUUCCAUACACUGGCUGAAUAUUGCUAUACUACUGUAACUUUAAAAAAAAAACUGUGUAAUGAUUCUGUAAGAAUGUUGCCUGUUUCGUGAGGGUCCGAGUGUCAGUUGCGUAUGAGUGCUGUCAUUGACAUCUGCGAGUCAUCAGUUUCCCUUAAAGCUCAUCGAAAAGCCUUAAGUCUUCGCUCUCCCUGGUCCUCUUAAAAUGAACACGGUUUGAAGGUGGAAAGUCAGCAUUGUUUUCAGCAUGCAGCUGCUGUUGGAUAACAAUCACGCUCAAGAAACAGGAAAAUAAGACAGAGUAUUUUUUUUAUUCUGUGUAGUUCAGGGCUGUAACCAGUUCAAACAUCCCCUCUCCUGAAUCUCCAAGGCUUUAAAACUUUACUGAGGGUGACUAGAUAUGUGAUAAAUGUAUUUGUGAUCGGAAUAUGUUAAUUGGGUUAAGGUUAUUGCAUCAGAGUUGCUGCACAAACAUUUAUUGAAUGUGGUGCCUAUAUAAAGAAGCAUCUGAUGAUAUUUGUAGGUAUUGACUGAUCGGCAACUGUACAACAUAAUCCUGUUGUUCUUCCUGGUUGUCUAUUCUGCCUCGUCUUCCUUUAUCAGCUCCCCCCUCCUCAGUAAAUCUAAUAUUGAUCUUCUGGCUGUCUCCCCUCUUCCCCAUCCCUGUGGGAGUAACAAACAAACUGUUCCCUAUUCCAACCUGAAAUUAAUUUUAUUAAACUCCCACCAUGCUUCUUGCUAUACUUGCUAGGAAUUGGCUUUCUAUUAAAAAGAAGCUUUAUAGGGUCCACAUUCUUGUGUCUGCAUUUGGAAUGAAACCAGACAGGGCUCCUUAUUUAAAAAUUCUCUAAUGAUACUAUAAUUAUUCACCCACAAUGUCCACUGACUGCAAAAAUCAUGACCAAAGUCAUUGGCCUUGCAUAGUAAUUUGAACAGUAUAUCCCUUUUCACAGACCCAGUGCAAAACAGUUACACCAACUUCUUUUAUAAGUUGGGGAACUUUUUCUGUUUUUAAAGAUUUUCUGAUCAUUUGAAACAGAGAUUUCACUUAUAACAACUAGAUUUCACUAAGUUGUGACUUACAUUUUGCUACUCAAGAACAAUGACUGGCUAUGCCUUCCCAUUUUUGACCGUGGGUAAGAAGUGAACUACUAGUGUGUACCAGUCUUGGUGGCAUUAGGCUGGCAAGCUGAGUAAAGGACUGAUCAGGUACUCUUUCCUGAGCUAAAUAAGCAGGGUUGAAGACCUUGUGUCUGUAUUAAAAUAACUCUGUGACUAGAAAACAUCAGUACUCUUUUGACAAAUUAUCUGUGUAAUACUCACUGGGGAGGCCUUAAAGGGAGUGCCUCAUUGCAUCCCAAGCAAGAGUUAUUCUUCACAGCUGGCACCUUGCUUAUGUUUAUUGUUAUAUCUCAUUGAGUAGCACAGAUAGCUAUAGUAAUGACUCCUGUGGUUAAAUGUAUGGCUGUGCUGUAGAAAUCAGAAUUAUUCCAGGCUUAAGUGUCUUUAGUGUCACAGCAAUUCCCUUGACCCAAUAAAGCAGUUACGUUAAAAAAUUAGAAUUAUUUUUGACUGGGGAUAUUCAAAAUUAGCCUGGUUCAGUCGCUGGUCUGUGGUGAAAUGAAUCUCAUGAGGCAUACUGAGAAGAUGAGCCUUCACAAAUCACCGACUCCCACUUUGCCUAUCCAAGAUGCCAUAUUCAAGAACAACUUUGCCUUCCCACCCCAGUUUUAAUUUCACUGUUUGACUUUGAAUAUUUCAACAAUUCCUUGCGGUGUUGCCACUAGGAUCUUUAAAGCCAGUGACACUAGAAGCAAGAAGUCUUUGGCUUUACAGGAAUUUCUGUACAGGUCUGGGGAAGGUGAGUAAUGCUUUUCCAAAGAUGGAAGUAACGUACUCUACAAACAGUUCAUUGGUGUGACACUGGGAAGGGCAGUGUUGUGGACAGUUGUUCAAAACCUGAGUCAUUUACAUGUUUUCUCCCCUGUAGUCUGUGGAUUCAAUAUCUAAUGGCAACAUUACCAAGGGGUCUAUGGCUGUUCUGAUAUCUGAGAAGCUUUGACGUGUGUAUUUGAAUUUUAUCAGCUUUGUGCUAAUUCCAAAUGAACACAAGUAUUUCUUUUCUCUGCCCUCAGUGUGGAAAAGGUGCCUCCACUGGGAGGGCUUAAUUUAAUAAUGUGUUAGCUGGAUAUGCCCACUGUGGAGUAGACUGCUGCUGUGUUCCUUAAAAACAAAAACUGAAGACAAAUAUAAGCUGCUUUUUAUAUGUGCUACGGGUAAACCUGAGCCUUCUGCCGUAGAGGUCCAGUUAAUAAAAGUACUGACUGAAACACUGCACUGUAAACGACAGCGAAAUGAGGGGCGAGAGCUUGUUUUAGGAGUAAGGACUGCAACAUUUGCACAGGUAGAUGGUAGAUGCAUUUUAUAUACAAUCUGAAUUUAAAACCCUGUAACAGAGUGUGUCUGUUCAGAAAAAUCCUACCCAAUGGAACCUGUCCUCACGUAAGAACUUAUGCCCCAGCUUUCAUAAGUGUAGAGUGAUUAUAAAAAAUUCCAUUUGCAUUUCAUCUCAUUUUAUUAAAUAUUUGUUCUAACAUGCUUUAGCAGGAGUUAAAGAGAAAUUUCAUUCCAGGUUGGGAAGAAUAUCUCAGCAACACAAUGUUAAUAGAACAUAGAGUAGUACAGCACAGUACAGGCCCUUCGGUCCACAAUGUUGUGCCGACCCUUAAACCCUGCCUCCCACAUAACCCCCCACCUUAAAUUCCUCCCUAUACCUGUCUAGUAGUCUCUUAAAUUUCACUAGUGUAUCUGCCUCCACCACUGACUCAGGCAGUGCAUUCCAUGCACUAACCACUCUCUGAGUAAAAAACUUUCCUCUAAAAUCCCCCUUGAACUUCCCACCCCUUACCUUAAAGCCAUGUCCUCUUGUAUUGAGCAGUGGUGCCCUGGGGAAGAGGCGCUGGCUAUCCACGCUAUCUCUUCCUCUUAUUAUCUUGCAUACCUCUAUCAUGUCUCCUCUCAUCCUCCUUCUCUCCAAAGAGUAAAGCCCUAGCUCCCUUAAUCUCUGAUCAUAAUGCAUACUCUCUAAACCAGGCAGCAUCCUGGUAAAUCUCCUCUGUACCCUUUCCAAUGCCUGACAUCAUGCAGUUUUUCAGAUGUGUGUGCAGGGUAUUUCUUAUACUUUUAGAACACAGAACAGUACAGCACAGGAUCAGGACCUUUGACCCACAAUGUUGUGCCAAACUAAUUAAAUUAGUAUUCAUUGUCCAACUAAACUUCUGCCUACACAGCAUCCAUAUCCUUCCAUUUUCCUCACAUCCAUGUGCCUAUCAAAACAUCUGUUAAAAGUCCCUAGUGUAUCGGCCUCUACCAGCACCCACCUCUCUGUGUGUUUAAAAAAAAAACAACUUGCCCCCUUUCACCUUAAAAGCAUGCCCUCUAAUAUCAGACAUUUCAAUCCUGAGUAAAAGAUAUAGUCUGUUUACUCUACGCCUUUCAUAAUCUUAUAAACUUCUAUCAGAUCUCCCUUCAGCUUCCGUUUCUCCAUAGAAAACAACCCAGGUUUGUCUGGCCUGUGUAACCUUUUGUUAACUCUGUGUCCUUGAGACACAACUCGCCAGCAACCCCUUUCACAGUCCCUCCUGCACAUUAGCAUCACCCUAACAUGGCAUGGACUUUUCUUUAAGCUGACCUACUAUUCCAUCAUUUUCAUUUGGUGCUUUGCCUGUGGCUAUAUUGCAAACAAAUUGCGUUCCUCGGAUUCUGUGUUCAACCUGGUUCUGGAUUGCCGGGAUAUCCAAUUUAUUUGUUAUUCAACUAAGCUGAAACUGUGCAGCUGUUCCUGUUGGGCUUGAAGAGAUUCUCACUUCCACUUCUACCACCUAGAGUCAUAGAACACUACAAAAGCAGGCCAUUUGGCCCAUCUAGUCCAUGCUGAACUAUUAAUGUAGUCCCAAUGACCUGCACCUGGACCAUGGCAGUCCAUACUUCUGCAAUCCAAACUUCUCUUAAAUGUUGAAGUCAAACCCACGUCCACUACUUGUGUUGGCAGCUUGUUCCACACUCGCACCGCUCUCUGAGUGAAAAAGUUUCUCCUCAGGCUCCCCUUAAACAUUUCACCUUUCACCCUUAACCCAUGACCUCACCUAACCUCAGUGGAAAAUGCUUGCUUGCACUUACCCUAUAUAUCCCUCAUAAUUUUGUAUAUCUCCAUCAAAUCUCCUCUCAUUCCCCUACACUCCAGGGAAUAAAAUCCUAACCUGUUCAACCAGUAGAAUACUGACUCCAGAGUUGUUUCACAUAAGACGUGAUGUAUUAGUUCCUGCACGCCCCAGUAUGCCCUGUACAUAUUUUUGAAUUUCAAUUUCACACACUCUCCCGCUCAUCCCUGUAGUGAAUGUACAGUAAGCCACACUCAUGGGCUCGGUCCGUUUCUGGGUUUUUCUUUCUUUUUCCUGUCUCUUCAUUUCAUCUAUCUCUUUUCCUGUCUGUGCCUCUUUGAGCUCCCCUGAUUACACGCUAAUUUGCAAUACCCCUAAGUCAUGCUGGACCGAGAAAAUUGGCAAUCUGCUUGGAGGUCAAAUUGCCCACUGAAGGUUGAAUUUGAUCUCUUGAGUGCCCUGUAUCACAAAAUUAACACUAAUGCUGAGAUCAGAACCAGUAUUACCCUUGCCUUGCUAUAUUGUAAGGAAGCAAGUGAACUUAUAAAAAUCUUUUAUCUUUUUUAGUUUUAAGGGCCAGAGUAAAGCAAUUGGAAAAUGUCCCCUUCAGAUAAUCAUCCCAUGUCCUGGUCAGUUUUAGUACAUGACUACCUGUUCGGUAUUAAUAAUUUAUGACCUUUGUUAAUUACAAAAAAUCAAAGAGGGUUGAAAACCUCAAUGUUACUUUCACGCAGGGAAAAGCUGAACACUUGUGAUUUGUGUCUAACUAUGGUUUUGGAGAUGGUAGUCUGAAGAUGAGCAGUCCUUGCUACUGGUGUAUGUAUCCAGUGCAGUACGAAAACUAUGUACACUGUUGUAGGUCUAUGUUUUGAUGAAGAAUAAUUAAAAAAAUUUGCACAUCUGAAUUGUGAGUUUUGAUACAGUGAUGUUCUCUUUAAAAUUGCUAAGCAGGACUGACUGACUGUGUUAUAAAUCUGGACCCCAGCAAGAGAAAGACAUGGGUUGAGCAUAAGCACUGUCCAUACACUGUUAGUGCUUAAAGGAGAUACUUCCAUUUCUAUACUCAGUGGCAUGCAGACAAGGUCAAGUUGUUCAGAAUGGGGAAGAACAGUGAUCUAAGUGAAUGACUGUGGAAUGAUUGUUGGUUCCAGAUGGGGUGGUUUGAGUAUCUCAGAAACUGCUGAUUUCCUGGGAUUUUCACACACAACAGUCUGUAGAGUUUAUAGAGAAUGGUGUGAAAACAAAAAAAAUCCAGUGAGCGGAAAUGCCUUGUUAAUGAGAGAGGUCAGAGGAGAAUGGCCAGAGUGGUGCAACGUGACAAUAAUUCAAAUAACCACACAUUACAGCAGUGGUGUGCAGAAGAGCAUAUCUGAAAGCACAUCACUUCAAACCUUGAAAUGGAUGGGUUAAAACAGCAGAAGACCACGCCAGGUUCCAUUCCUGUGCCAAAUAAAGUGGCCACUGGGUGCGUAUCUAACGAUCCAAGUUCAGGAAGCCAGCAUUGGGAUGGAGAUGAGUUAUAAUAAAAGUAAGAAAUAAUAAUUUAUAGAAAUGGUGAACAGAGCCCCUAAAAGUACUGUCACAAUAGCGUGAAGGAUAAAAGUAGAAAUGAUGGGAGUUGAGAUGACAGUGGUAAAUCUAAAUUGUAAAAAACAGAUGAGCAAAGGUAGCUUUUGAAAAACAGCCCACGAUGUUGUGCGGAUCUUUUAACCUACUCCCAGAUCAAUCUUACACCUCUCUCCCACAUAGCCCUCUAUUUUACUUUAUUUACAAGUCUUCCUAGCAUCUUGUAGAUGUCCCCAAUGUAUCUGUCUCUACACCCACCACCUCUAGCAGCACGUUCCACGCACCCAUCACUGUGAAAAAUCAUGCCCUCUUGUACCCUGGGAACAUGUCUCUGGCUAUCCACUCUAUCUAUGCCUCUUAUCAUCUUGUACACCUCAAGUAAUUUCUCAUCCUCCUCCUUCUCUCCAAAGAGAAACACAAGCUCACUCAACCUGUCAUCACUAAGGCGUAACACCCACUAAGAGUUUUGGAGGGAUCCUGAGGCAUGUCUUGACAGGUUGGUUGUCGAGGAUCUUGUGGGUAAACCUUGAGCUAAGAGUUACUCUUUAAAACUAAAAGGUUGCCUGUUUAAGAUGGAGAUGAAGUGAAAGGAUUGAGCCUUUGAAACUCUUUCAAGUGCAGUGGGAAUGGAUUUUAAAUAUUUGUAAGACAAUGUUAUGAUUAGAUCCUUGAAAAGGGAUGAAGGUUUAUGGAGCUGAGGUGGGAAUGCAGGUUAGGUUACAGUCAGAUUUCCAUGAACAUUUUAAAUGGUGGAUAGUCAAAGAAAAUCUAUUUAUGUGGUUCUAAAUAUGUUAGGCUUGAGGUAUGUUAAAUGUCAAUAUUUUUCCUCUAAUACAGUCACACCCAAGUUUCUGAAUGAUGCCU